GGGGGGGGAGCGGGUUGGCGAGCAGAAGGGCGGCCGUGGGGGAAGGGCGCCAGCUGGUCCAGAAGCCCGCGAUGCUCCCGCCUUCCUCGUCGCCCUCCUCCUCCCUCAGGGCCAGGCCGCUCGUCCAGGUGUGGCCGCUGACGCCCUCCCGCCGGAGCUGAUGCUCCCCUCGGGCGAGGCGGCAGCCCUGAGGCAGGGGGAGCGCCGCUUCCCUCUCUCCCCCGGCCCCGCCCUGCCGCCGGGGACCCCCCGCCGCCCCGGCGGAGGGAGGAGGAGGGCUCGGACCAUGGCCUGGGGCUCCCCCCCGCGGCCGCUCCUCCUCGUCCUCCUCCCCCCCCUCCGCGCCUUCCCGCUCUCGCUCACCCCGAAGGAGCCGGGCAGCAGCGGCAGAAGCGGGCCGAGCCGGCGAGGGGCAAGAUGGGCGUGAAGUCCCGCAAGGCGGCGGCAGCGGCAGCAGCAGCAGCAGCACAGACCGCCGACCGCCCGGCGGCCCCCGGCGGGGACCUGGAAGGCAAGCCGGCCGGAGGGGAGCUGGCCUCGGCCGGGGACCUGGAGCAAGGCACGCUGGCUCUGGGCGCCGCCGGGGCGGACCGGGACGGGGCCCUGCUGCUGGAAGGGGCGGGCAGGGAAGGCGGCGGGAGGCGCUCGGCGCCCGCCAUCGGCUUGCUGGCCAAGACCCCGCUGAGCCGGCCGGUCAAGAGGAACAACGUCAAGUACCGGCGGAUCCAGACGUUGAUCUACGACGCGCUGGAGCGGCCGCGGGGCUGGGCGCUGCUCUACCACGCCUUCGUAUUUCUGAUAGUGCUGGGAUGCUUGAUUUUAGCAGUGCUGACCACUUUCGGAGAAUACGAAAAAGCUUCGGGAUAUUGGCUGUUGCUUUUGGAAACCUUUGCCAUUUUCAUCUUCGGAGCGGAAUUUGCCUUAAGGAUCUGGGCAGCUGGCUGCUGCUGCCGGUACAAGGGAUGGCGUGGGAGACUCAAAUUCGCCAGAAAGCCUCUCUGUAUGUUGGAUAUCUUUGUACUGAUUGCCUCUGUCCCAGUGGUAGCUGUUGGCAACCAAGGCAACGUGCUAGCUACAUCUCUGAGGAGUCUCCGCUUCCUCCAGAUCCUGAGGAUGCUGCGUAUGGACCGUAGAGGUGGCACCUGGAAGCUUCUGGGAUCAGCUAUUUGUGCACACAGCAAAGAGCUCAUCACCGCCUGGUACAUCGGGUUCUUGACCCUUAUUCUCUCCUCAUUCCUGGUUUAUCUGGUGGAGAAGGACGUGCUGGAAAAAGAUGAGGAUGGGAAAGAGACGAAAGAGUUUGGGACCUAUGCUGAUGCCCUCUGGUGGGGACUGAUUACGCUGGCAACCAUCGGCUACGGGGACAAGACACCGAAAACGUGGGAAGGGCGCUUGAUUGCAGCAACGUUUUCCCUUGUCGGAGUUUCGUUUUUUGCCCUUCCAGCUGGCAUUUUGGGUUCAGGACUGGCCCUAAAAGUCCAGGAACAACAUCGCCAAAAGCACUUUGAAAAAAGAAGGAAACCUGCAGCUGAACUCAUACAGGCUGCCUGGAGGUACUACGCUACUAAUCCCAAUAGGCUAGAUCUUGUUGCCACAUGGAGGUUUUACGAGUCCAUUGUAUCAUUUCCAUAUUUCAGGAAAGAACAAAUGGAUGGCACCAGCCAAAAGCUGGGUCUCUUGGAUCGUGUUCGUGGUAGCAAUCCUAAAGGAAAGCUGUUUACUCCUCUGAAUGUAGAUGCAAUUGAAGAAAGUCCUUCCAAAGAGUCUAAGAACAUUGUCUUGAUUAACCGAGACCGAUUCCGUACUGCCUUCCGAAUGAAAGCUUAUGCAUUCUGGCAAAGCUCAGAAGAUGCUGGAACUGGGGACCCCCUGGCGGAAGACAGGGGAUACAGCAAUGAGCUCCUUAUGGAAGACCUUAUCCCCACGCUGAAGAUGGUCAUCCGAGCUGUUAGGAUUCUACAGUUCCGCCUGUAUAAGAAAAGAUUCAAGGAAACUUUGAGGCCUUACGAUGUAAAGGAUGUGAUAGAGCAAUAUUCAGCUGGACAUCUCGACAUGCUUUCCAGAAUCAAAUACCUUCAAGCAAGAAUAGAUAUGGUUUUUGCACCUGGGCCUCCAUCUACUCCCAGACACAGAAAAUCACAGAAAGGAGGCACAUUCUCUUACCCUUCUCAGCAGUCUCCAAGGAAUGAGCCAUUCAUAAGCAAAGCAUCUGCAGAUGAUCCUGAAGACCAAAGCAUGAUGGGCAAAUUCGUCAGAGUUGAAAGACAGGUCCACGACAUGGGGAAGAAACUGGACUUUUUAGUGGACAUGCACAAGCAGCAUAUGGGGCAGCUGCAGGUCCAGGUCACCGACACCUGUCCUUUGAAAGACACCCCAUCCCCGGCUGAGGAUAACCGGUUCUCUGAACUCAAAUCCAUCAUCUACAAAUACGCCAAGCCUUCCAUUCAUGAGCUGUCUCCCAGCUUCCAUCACGUCCCCAUAAACAAAGUCCCUCCUUUUGGGUUCUCCAGCCAGGACUGUGGUCACCACCCCUUUUCACUGCCCCUCGGUGAGCAGAACUCAGGCCGAUGGCCAUCCCUGCCCUUCUCCACGGCCUACUCAGAAAGGCCCACAGUCCUGCCAAUACUGACUUUCAUGGACCCUCAGGUUUCUUUCCAGUCCCCGCCAAGAGAGCUCUGGAACUCCCAUUCGGACAGAAUCUCCCCAAGACAGAGGCCAAGCACGACAAGGGACAGCGACACCCCCUUAUCUCUGCUCUCGGUCAAUCACGAGGAACUCGAACGUUCCCCGAGCGGGUUUAGCAUCUCUCAAGAUAAAGAUGAUUUCCUGUUCGGGCCAAACGGCGGAAACAGUUGGAUGAAAGAAAAACGCUAUUUGGCUGAGGGGGAAACAGACACGGAUACUGACCCUUUCACCCCCAGUGGGUCUAUGCCUCUGUCCUCCACGGGGGAUGGGAUUUCCGAGGCAAUAUGGACUCCUUCAAGCAAGCCAAUUUAAUCUUCUCUACGGGGGUGGGACGCGGGAGGGUGGCUCUUUCUUGUCCUGUACACUUCAAAACUUUGUAUAUCUUAUGGUACAUGCCCAAAGCUUCCUCCCUCAAAAGCAAAAAAAAAAAAAAAGCAACCCACCACGCCCAUCCCCUCCACCACGAUGGUUGUUUCUGCAUGCUGGGUGUUCGUGGACUUCUUUCUCCACCAUUUCACACAGUUGGGUGAUGCAGUUCUCCCGCGGCUGCCAAAACGAAGUGGCAAAAGAUUUGCGCAGGGUUUUUUUUUUCUUCUUCUUUUUUUCUUGUUUGCAUGACUUUAUGCUCUAAGGAUACAGGGAAUUUCCUCCAUGAUUAAAACCAUGAAAAAAUAAUAAGAACAACAACGCUGUUGCUCGAUAAGUCAAGGGUCAGAUUGAUGCCAGGGCUAAAGACACCACAAAGGUGGAAAGAUUACAGGCUGCCACUUUGUGAGCAAAACAACCCUCAUUUCUAGAAUGAUGCCCUUGGCGAGGUGUGCAUGCAUUUGCAUCAUUCCUCUUUGCAAUUUUAGCUGUUUCCCUCUUGGCCGUCCAUUUUGUUCUCUCCCAUGUCGUCACACUAGGCUGAUUAUUUCUGUUCAUUUGACCUCUUUGCUCCUGCACCUAUGUAAGAAACCAGAGAAUAUAACACAUUCCACUAUCCAGAGAAUUGAAGUGUUUUUCUGCACAACUUGACAUGUUGAUGAUUUCUGUAGAGCUUAGGCAUGCUUAAUCUGCUUUGAAUAUUGUCUUCACUCGUCAUCUCCAUGAUGUCCACGGGUCAAAGUCCAUGGGCCAAAUAGCCAAACCGUCAUUUCUGGUCUCUUUAAGUUUCCUUGAGUUAGGCAAGUCAACAUUUUAACUGAUGUUUGUUGGCCUUCACACAGCACUUCUGCCACGUCACGCUUGUCCCUUUACGAUGGUCGUCAUAUCUGUAACACUUAACAACAUUAAUCUCUUCCUGAAUUAUGAUGAGAGAUGGGUCACUAAGACAUAGUUUGGUUAUCUCUCAGCUGCUUAUAGAAUGACAUCUACAUACUCCUUCUCUUAUUCCAAAAGUAGUGUUUCUCAACCUCAACAACUUCGAUAUAUGUGGACUUCAGCUCUCAGAAUUGGGGAAUCCGGAGAGUUGAAACCCAGACAUCUAGGAUGUCUGUGCAGAUUCUCAGUCAUCCAGUCAUGGUUGUCAUAUAAAUCCUUCCAUUCUCCACCAUUCAGUCAGGAAGCUUCUUGGAUGAGAAGUGAAAUAUCUUCAAGCAAAACAAGAAACUCCAGUUGCCUUCUGAAAGAAAGCUGCUUUGGGACACACUUCUGGAAGUUGCCAGGACUGAGAAACAUUGCCUUAGAGGGUUUCAAUAUACAAUUUACUAGACCAGUGGUUCUCAACCUAUGGGUCGCGACCCCAUUUGGGAUCGAUCGACCAUUUUACGGGGGCCGCCAAACAAGGCGAUCCGCCAUUUUCCCCCCUCGGGGC